AUGUCGAUGCUUGGGACGAGGCACUUCCCAGGCAUUAGAAUAACUUCCUACUCUCCAGGCCCUCCUUUCGUUGCCUCGUGCGAAUUCACAUCGUCCCCUCUCUUCACUUCUACUACACCUCCUGUCGAUACUGCUCCACAGCCCACACCACAGCGCGUAAACCGACGACAAAGCGCGAUGACGCCUUUGAAGAGAGCUACUGCCAAUGCGAUGGAGGCAGCAAACAAAACACCUGCCCCGGCUAUCGAACCUGACCAUUCGACGCAGAUCAAUUCUACCGUAUUGACUAAUGAUAAUGCAACCAUCAUUUUCCCAUGGUCAGAUGUCGAGGACAGCCCAGCUCGAUCCCGACCACGCACUCAGCCUCAUCGUGCCACUGAGCCCAACUAUGCAACUCCCAAGUCUGGCGCCCCGGCUGCUGAUAACGUCGAUGAAGCUCUAACCGUUUCUUGGUCCGACGUUGACGAUGACCCUCCCGCCCCUCCCGCCCAUCCCCUGGGUCGAUUCGUCAAGCCCAACCAUGAGACACCCGAAUUUGCGAGCCCAGCUUUGGGCAGUGCUGACGAGACUCUUGCUGUUGCCUGGUCGGAUGUUGAGGAUACCCCCAGCCAACCUAUGGCCCAGACUGAUCCUGCUACCCCCAAGUUCCAGUCCCCAGCGUUGACUAAUGAUGAUACAACAAUCAUCUUCCCUUGGUCAGAUGUUGAAGACAGCCCGUCUAGAAAGACGCGUGCCGAAAUUGUUCCCGCUCAGGAUGAACAAUCCUCCGCAGCUCCCCAGGCCACCUGGCCAGCCUAA